AUGGCGGCCAGUAAACUAAAACACCCACUGGGCUCUCCUCAAGAGCUUAUUGAAAUGUGUAAAACCCAUGAUUUAGCUAUUGAUAUGUUUUGUGAGGAUUGUGAUGAAUUUAUUUGUGGUAAGUGUGCAAAAACAGACCAUAGAGAUCACAAAUGGUGCACUAUACCCACGGCAGCCAGCGAAAGAAGGAGAGGUUUACUUAACUUUCUGAGGAAGAUCAAGGAGGAAGAUCUGCCUAAGAUUGAUGAGAAGAUAUUGAAGAUGUCAAAACAGAUCACACAAAAUGAGGAACUUUGUGAGACCGAGAUUAAAAAGCUUCAGAGGCACUGCGAUGAGAUAAUUACCAGGGUGUCAGAAAUGAAGAAACGAAAUGAACAUAGAUUGAGUGACAAUUUGAAGGGGAAAAAUGAAAAGCUGAAAAGUAUGAAAUCUGAAUUAAUAAAAAAGAAGAAGUCAGUUACAGAGACAGUUCAGUUCAUCAAGGAUAACAAGUGUACCAUGUCAGAUUACGGCUUGCUUGUCAAUCACAGAGAACUGACACACCUUCUCUCCGAUCUGGAUGUUGACAUCAACAAAUUUAAACAUUCAGUGAAAUACAGUCACGGAGAAAUCAAUGAAAAGGUACUGGAGAAAGUGAUAGGGAAAACUCUGAACUUAGAUGAUAUGAACUUGACUGAAACAAGCUUAUUUAAAUAUGAAGAUCAAAGAAUAUUUGUGUUGAGGACUUUGUGUGAAGAUUUGUGUUACGUAAGACAACACGAGUCACCUCAUACUGACCAACUGUCUGUCACCAUCAGGAUCUUAUCUACAGUCAUCAGUACAGAUCCACUGGAACCAGGAGGAAUCUGUCAGUCAGUUGACGGUGGACUACUAUUCACCUUGAUAGAUGAAUCAGGUGAUUAUGAAUUAGAGGCACACAGCAGACGUCUGGUGAGACACAUCACAGUGACAGGUGAUGUCAUCCAUGAGUAUGAGUACCAGGAGGACGGUCAGACUAGACUGUUUACAUUACCACUAAGAGUCAUACAGAACAGAAAUGGUGAUAUAUGUGUUGCGAACUGUACAAGUCCCACUACAGGUGAACUAGUGAUUACGUCUACCUCUGGUCACUUGAAUUCCGUCUAUCGUGGACAGAACCUGACAGGGAACUUCAUUCCUGCUGAUGUAGUGUGUGACUCACAAUGUAACAUUCUUGUUAGCGAUAGAGCUAACAAAAAUAUCCAUCUACUGAGUCCUGGCGGGGAGUUCCUGAAGUUCUUGCUGUCAGAAAACGAAGUGAACGGCCCAGCCAGAUUAUCUCUGUACAACUCUACACUGUGGGUGGGAUACUAUGAUGGACUUGUCAAAGUGUGUCAGUAUAGAUUGUAG